AUGAGCCCUCGCCGCUUCGGUGUUUUUGCUGUCGGUCUGUUACUAUGCGCUUGUGGGGCGGUCUUCCAUCCAACUUUACAACGUGAUCCCACGGAACUGCGAGUAGACCCGGGAAAGGAUGGGUUUUACUGGGCGCGCGAUAAUGAAUGGAGUGAGGAGUCGUGGGCAAAGAUAAAACCCUCGACAGACCUUCGAUGGGUAAAGUGUUAUCCUGGUGGAUUUCAGUGUGGUCGUUUACUGGUCCCACUAGACUACAACAAACCCGACGAAGACUCGGCAGCAAUCGCACUCGUUCGUCUGCCAGCUAGCGUACCCACAAACAGUUCAGAAUAUCUCGGUCCUAUCUUAUUUAAUCCAGGAGGUCCGGGAGGGAGUGGUGUCGAUUUUGUCCUGGCGGUGGGAGUGAGAUUUGUAUCGGUCGUGGGCAGUCAGUUCGAUAUUGUUGGAUUUGACCCUCGUGGCGUAUCACGGUCAACUCCACGUGUCUCAUUCUACAAAACCCGCAUCGAGAGGGAACUGUGGGCUAUGUCUGACGUCGAAGAACUCAAUCACUCGUCCAUAACGGUGGCAGGUUCAUGGGCUCGGAAUAAGAUAACGGGGGCACUUGCUGUUGAGAGGGAUCGGAAUGUGUUGGCUCAUAUCAAUACGGAUCAUACAGCUAGAGAUAUGUUACGGAUCACCGAAGCUCAUGGACGAGAGAAGUUGCAAUAUUGGGGUUUCUCAUACGGAACUGUUCUUGGAUCUACUUUUGCUGCUAUGUUUCCUGACAAAGUCCACCGAUUAGUUAUUGACGGGGUUGUUGACGUCUCAGACGACUACUACACCACCAAAUGGACAACCAACCUCCGAGAUACCGACAACGUCCUACAAUGGUUCUUCAAAGACUGUCACAAAGCCGGUCCGGAAAACUGCGCAUUCUACGAACCCUCGGUCAAAGCCAUGAACAUCAAACUCAACGACCUGUAUUCCUCAAUCAUCCGAUCUCCCGUUCCAGCUCAAACCAGCGGUUCCUACGGCCUCGUGGAUUAUGCACGGUUACGGUUUACGAUCUUUAGAGCGUUUUAUAAGCCUUUUGCGAUUUGGCCCAUGUUGGCAACCGGGCUACAGGACUUGGUACAAGGAAAUGGAACGGCGUUGUUCAAUAUCCAAGACCUUCCAAGGUUCCAGUGCUCUUGUGAUCCGUUGGAACAUGCGUUUGAUAAUGAGGGAGAUGUAUCGACAGCUAUUGCGUGCAAUGAUGGGGAUUCGAUUCCAUCUGACCUGGAAGAAGCGAGGGAGCAUUAUAGAGAGGUUCUCAGAGUUUCGGAGUGGGGAUCGAUAUGGGCUGGGAUCAGGAUGAGGUGUGGGGGAUGGUCAACGGAUAUUCCGAAGACGCAGUUCCGCGGUCCCAUAGUUGGGAACACCAAUCAUCCGCUCUUGCUUAUCGGUAAUACUGCCGAUCCCGUAACACCUCUUUGGGCAGCACAUAAAGUCUCCAGCGGCUUCCCCGGAUCUGUUGUUCUAUCUCAAGAUUCUGCCGGACACUCCUCGAUAUCAUCACCCUCUGUCUGCACAGCUCUUGCGGUUCGAGAAUACUUUGUGAACGGUACUUUACCAAAGGCCGGGACAUACUGCCCUAUCGUUGGCACCCCGUUCGUCCCGAACUUGGAUAAAAGCACCAUUGUUCCGGAAGUUGAUUCUGGGAGUCAGACUCAGAUCCCGUUUAGGCAGGUUAUGGAAGGAGAUGGAGAGCUUUUGAAAGCCUUGAAGGAGCUUGCGAGAGAGUUUAGACUCGGAACGACGCCACUUCAUGUUUGA